UUGACCUUGUGAUCCACCCGCCUCGGCCUCCCAAAGUGCUGGGAUUACAGGCGUGAGCCACCGCGCCCGGCCCGGGCUUAAUUAUUAAAAGGGGUCCAGAAGGGCAAUAGAUUUUUAGAAAGUAUAUGUUUAUGGUGGUGAAUGUGUAGAGAGGGUGAAAAAGUAAAGGAAAAGGAAAACAAGAAGAAAGAAAACUGAUAGGUAUGAAGAUGAGAGAGAAAGAAAAUGGAGGGAAGAGAGCAAGAUGUGAACAUUAGCAAAAAGGUUGAGGGAAGCAUAUUCAAAAGGGAAAAAGAAAGCGGGGGAACAUAUGUUAAAGGUGUUGCAAUUAGUAUUGACUCACAGGGGUGCUAAUCGAGAGUUGAGAGAGUUGUGUUGGGCUCCAGUAGUGCUGCUGUUAAAGAACAUUAGGAGCUAAGAGAUCUAAAUUCUAGUUCUUUGUGUUGCCAUGGAGAACUCAGUUAACUCAUCAGGCUCAAGUUCCUUAUCUGUCUGUAAAUUGGGAACAUUGAACUAGAUGAUCUUUAAGAUCCCUUCCGGCUCUAAAAUUGUAUGACAUAUCUUGGUGUUCAAUCACUGUGGGAAACACAUUCCUGAGGAAAACUGCAGCUCUAGCUGACUUCAGGACAGCAUGUUUAGGGAGUAGGACGGAUGUAAGCUCCCUCAGGGUGCACUAGGCCUUCCAAUGAGGGGGAUGAGCAACAAUACCCCUCAGUUAAAUCGCAGCUUAUCACAAGGCACUCAGUUACCGAGCCACGUCACGCCAACAACAGGGGUACCAACAAUGUCACUUCACACGCCUCCAUCUCCAAGCAGGGGUAUUUUGCCUAUGAAUCCUAGGAAUAUGAUGAACCACUCCCAGGUUGGUCAGGGCAUUGGAAUUCCUAGCAGGACAAAUAGCAUGAGCAGUUCAGGGUUAGGUAGCCCCAACAGAAGCUCGCCAAGCAUAAUAUGUAUGCCAAAGCAGCAGCCUUCUCGACAGCCUUUUACUGUGAACAGUAUGUCUGGAUUUGGAAUGAACAGGAAUCAGGCAUUUGGAAUGAAUAACUCCUUAUCAAGUAACAUUUUUAAUGGAACAGAUGGAAGUGAAAAUGUGACAGGAUUGGACCUUUCAGAUUUCCCAGCAUUAGCAGACCGAAACCGAAGGGAAGGAAGUGGUAACCCAACUCCAUUAAUAAACCCCUUGGCUGGAAGAGCUCCUUAUGUUGGAAUGGUAACAAAACCAGCAAAUGAACAAUCCCAGGAUUUCUCAAUACACAAUGAAGAUUUUCCAGCAUUACCAGGCUCCAGCUAUAAAGAUCCAACAUCAAGUAAUGAUGACAGUAAAUCUAAUUUGAAUACAUCUGGCAAGACAACUUCAAGUACAGAUGGACCCAAAUUCCCUGGAGAUAAAAGUUCAACAACACAAAAUAAUAACCAGCAGAAAAAGGGGAUCCAGGUGUUACCUGAUGGUCGGGUUACUAACAUUCCUCAAGGGAUGGUGACGGACCAAUUUGGAAUGAUUGGCCUGUUAACAUUUAUCAGGGCGGCAGAGACAGACCCAGGAAUGGUACAUCUUGCAUUAGGAAGUGACUUAACAACAUUAGGCCUCAAUCUGAAUUCUCCUGAAAAUCUCUACCCCAAAUUUGCAUCACCCUGGGCAUCUUCACCUUGUCGACCUCAAGACAUAGACUUCCAUGUUCCAUCUGAGUACUUAACGAACAUUCACAUUAGGGAUAAGCUGGCUGCAAUAAAACUUGGCCGAUAUGGUGAAGACCUUCUCUUCUAUCUCUAUUAUAUGAAUGGAGGAGACGUAUUACAACUUUUAGCUGCAGUGGAGCUUUUUAACCGUGAUUGGAGAUACCACAAAGAAGAACGAGUAUGGAUUACCAGGGCACCAGGCAUGGAGCCAACAAUGAAAACCAAUACCUAUGAGAGGGGAACAUAUUACUUCUUUGACUGUCUUAACUGGAGGAAAGUAGCUAAGGAGUUCCAUCUGGAAUAUGACAAAUUAGAAGAACGGCCUCACCUGCCAUCCACCUUCAACUACAACCCUGCUCAGCAAGCCUUCUAAAACAAAAGACUUCCCUUUUCUUGGGGUAUGGCUGUCUCAGCACAAUACUCAACAUAACUGCAGAACUGAUGUGGCUCAGGCACCCUGGUUUUAAUUCCUUGAGGAUCUGGCAAUUGGCUUAAGCAAAGGGUCACCAUUUGAGGUCCUGCCUUACUAAUUAUGUGCUGCCCAACAACUAAAUUUGUAAUUUGUUUUUCUCUAGUUUGAGCAGGGUCUGAAUUUUUUUUCAUUUAUUUCCUUUUUUGCCAGCAGACAGACUUGAGUUUGUAAAGACAAGCAAAUACACUGACAGAAGUUUACCAUAUAGUUUCUAAAAUGUAAAAAGGAAAACCCACAAAAGACUCAACACAAUUAGACCACAAAAUUUGCAUUGUUCAUUGUAGCACUAUUGGUAAUAAAAUAACAAAUGUUUGUGCAUUUUUAUGUGAAGAUCCUUCUCGUAUUUCAUUUGGAAAGAUGAGCAAGGUCUGCUUCCUUCAUUUUACUUCCCCUUCUGUUUUUGAAAGGCAGUUUCGCCAAGCUUAAUGCAAGAAUAUCUGACUGUUUAGAAGAAAGAUAUUGCCACAAUCUCUGGAUGGUUUUCCAGGGUUGUGUUAUUACUGAGCUUCAUCUUUCCAGAAUGAGCAAAACACUGUCCAGUCUUUGUUACGAUUUUGUAAUAAAUGUGUACAUUUUUUUUAAAUUUUUGGACAUCACAUGAAUAAAGGUAUGUAUGUACGAAUGUGUAUAUAUUAUAUAUAUGACAUCUAUUUUGGAAAAUGUUUGCCCUGCUGUACCUCAUUUUUAGGAGGUGUGCAUGGAUGCAAUAUAUGAAAAUGGGACAUUCUGGAACUGCUGGUCAGGGGACUUUGUCGCCUUGUGCACUAAAAGGGCCAGAUUUUCAGCAGCCAAGGACAUCCAUACCCAAGUGAAUGUGAUGGGACUUAAAGAAGUGAACUGAGACAAUUCACUCUGGCUGUUUGAACAGCAGCGUUUCAUAGGAAGAGAAAAAAAGAUCAAUCUUGUAUUUUCUGACCACAUAAAGGCUUCUUCUCUUUGUAAUAAAGUAGAAAAGCUCUCCUCA